AACGGCAAAAGAAACCAAAAUUUGAGAGGCGGGUAGGGCAAGGCAAAGCAAAGCACGCCAUGACCGUAAUACUACUAUGAUACUCGAUAUAUUCCGAUGGCGAUAACAUCCCUGCGAGGCAACAACACCCCCUUCUUCUUCUCUCGCCUCAAACUCCUACUCAACCACCAACAGAGACUCGCCCACGCAUUCUCCGAAGCUCCUCAGCCCCGCCCCAAAAUGGUUCCUGAAGAAGGGUUGAUUGACAUGUCGAAAUGGAAGAAGAUCGAUUCCAGGGUGUUUGGGAUAACACGGGCCAUGAUUCCUGAUUCCUCUUAUCAUGUAUUGAGAAUACUCCGCGGAAGAGGGUUUGAAGCCUACUUAGUGGGCGGAUGCGUGAGGGAUUUGAUCCUGAAAAGAGUUCCGAAAGAUUUUGAUGUGAUCACCACAGCUAAUCUUAAAGAGAUCAAGAGGCAAUUCCAUCGUUCACGAAUUGUUGGACAUCGAUUUCCGAUAUGUAUGGUGAAUAUUAAAGGGUCGUGGAUAGAGGUGUCUAGUUUUGAAACGGUGGCAAAUAACCACUCUGACAAAGAAGUUACAAUCUCUGAAAUUCCAAAAGGCUGUGGCAAGAAAGAUUUCAUCCGCUGGAGAAACAGCAUGCAUCGGGACUUCACAAUUAACAGUUUGUUCUUCGAUCCUAUAUCAAAUAAAAUCUAUGAUUAUGCGAAUGGAAUGGCAGAUUUGAAUUCCUUAAAGCUACGAUCGUUGGUCCCGGCCAAGUUGUCAUUUAAAGAGGAUUGUGCAAGAAUCUUGCGAGGCUUAAGAAUUGCUGCUCGUCUGAGAUUGUCAAUUUCAAAAGAAACUGAGACAGCAAUACAUAAGUGUUCUUCAUCAAUUUUGACAUUGACUACGAGUAGAAUUAUGAUGGAAAUGAACUAUAUGCUUUCUUAUGGAGCUGCUGAACCAUCUCUCUGUUUGCUUUGGAGAUUCAAUCUACUCAAACUUCUACUUCCAAUUCAUGCAGCAUACUUAGAUCAACAGAGUAUUAGGAAGUUCCCUCAGAAUUCCACGAUGUUGAUGAAACUAUUCUCAAAUUUGGAUAAAGUUGUCACAGUUGAUCGCCCAUCUGACUGCAGUUUAUGGGUAGCUCUUUUGGUGGUUCACAUGGCACUGGUUAGUCACCCUCAAGACGCUCUUGUGGUGUUCUCCUUUGCUUCUAUCCUGUAUCAUGGGGGAUGUGAAAAGGGUCUUAAAUCUGCUAGAGACGAUGCUCAAGUGACAGUUGACUAUUUACCAGAGAUCUCCAUUCCAUCUGCAUGUAAAUCAGAGGAACAGCUUGAAAAAGAAGUUUCCCGAUUUGCUUCUCUUGUUUUAGAUUCUAUUGCUGCUCUUACUGCAACUGAGAGUCUUGUCGAAGGGAUGUCUAAGUAUCCUGAAACUCCAUGCUCCGGGGUGGUAUUUGUACCAAAGAGAACUGCCCAAGGUGUUGCUGAAAUUUUUAGAGUUCUGGCAGAUGACAUCAAAUCUUACAAUACAAAAAGAAAAAGCUAUGUGAUUGAUUACCCUUUACUUCAGAAAGGUUUUCUGUGUGAGACUAGUUUUGUGCUUGGCAAAAUUAUUUUAGAAACCAUGGGAAGUGGAAUUUUGAAAGGAGAGGAAGUUGUUCAGGAGGACUAUGGACACCUUGAGCAGGAGAGCAUUAAGGAAAAGUGCAACAAGGGUAAAAAACGUGUCCAUAAAUCCGAUACUCCUGAAUUAAAACAAGAGUCUGCAAAGGAACGUAAGUUGAUUGAAAAGAAAUGCAGAGUUUUGAAGGAAGAGAUGGAUAUUGAAAAGCCAGAGGUUCUCGAAACAUUAUCACCUGAGGAAGACAUUUUUUCAGUUCUGGGACCUGUAGAGAAAAAACAUAAAUCAGGGAUUAACGGCCAGAGUAAGCGGAAGAUGGAGAAGGAGCGGCAGUGUAUAUCACCGGAUAAGACAAUGAAGCAGCAAAUAAAGACAGUCAAGAAGAACAAUUUGAAUCAGAAGGAGACGUUAAACUUGGAGACCAUACUAGAGGACAUCAGUGAAAAUAUUCCGGAAGACAGACAACUAAGAUACACGGAGAAUGGCAGGCUAUCUAGUCUGUUUAGCGGUGAGAAGAUACAGAAACGCAAAGAAGCAGCAGACAAGGGGGAGAAAAGCAGCCGACCUCAACUAUCUAGUCUCUUCAAGUAAACAUAAUUUCCCAAGUGACAAAAUGACAUGUAUGUUUAGAAGAUCUGUAGGAGCCAGAGACGUAUCCUCAUACCCCAGAUUUUUCUCAUUGUAACAUUCAUUCUUCAGGUUUAGCACUUUUUGAAAUAGGCUUAAGGAAUAGCUUGUACUACAAAAUUUUGUAUUAUUUAUCAUAUGAUUGCUGGCGCUGAAUGAAGUGGAAUCUUGCUUUCUUAGUU